AUGCUACGACAAUCACGACUAGAAGCAGGCUUUGCUUCUAGCACUACAGUUUCUGGAAGAGCUACUUUCCCUGGAAAAUCAUACUGCUGGCGUGGACAAAAGCUGGUGCCUUUGGCAAAGUGCACUGCGCUGUUUCGUUCGCAAACGCAACAUUUGCAGAGUAGUGCUAGGCUUCUCCAGGGUUCUGGCCUGCAUUGUCGUCGAUCGGGUUUCUUUGGGGAUGCGAGGUUACGUUUCUGGGAUAAGAGUGGCGGGCAUCCAGGAGGAACGCACUUGAUUGACAGGAGACAGCGAUCACCUUCGUACGCACCUAGUUCACGCUACUGGCGAGCAUCUGGUUUCCGUAGGUUCCGCAGUCGUGUUUCUAUGCAUCGCGAGGCAGAGUCUGAUCAGGACAUUUCUGUGGAGAUAGACAGUGCCUCUGGCGACAACGCUGGGAACAACCAUGUGGGACAACACGCCCCGGAGCAGGAAGCGUCCGCAAACUCGAUGGCCUCUUGGCUCCAGUUUGUACAGAAAAGGCGCUUUCCUGAGCGCCUGCGCAUUGUUGUGCUCUGCUUUCUUGCGUUUCUGAUCAACAACAUCGAUCGAAUCAACCUAUCUGUCGCGAUCCUGCCUAUGCGACACGAGUUCGGUUGGUCAUCAACCACUGUUGGCAUUAUCCAGUCGGCCUUUUUCUGGGGCUAUCUACUGACUCAGUUGCCAGGAGGAUACCUCGCCGAUCGCUACGGCGGGCGCAGUGUGCUUGCAUUUGGGGUCGUCUCUUGGAGUCUCAUGACCUUUGUGACGCCCAUGGCGGCAAGGUCCAGCUUACCGAUCCUGCUGGGCGCCAGAGCGCUGCUCGGCGUCGGUGAGGGUGUCGCCAUGCCGGCGAUGAAUAACCUCGUAUCGCGCUGGGUUCCGAAUCAGGAGCGCUCUCGAGCGCUCAGUCUCAUUUACAGCGGCAUGUACAUGGGAAGUGUGAUCGGGCUGCUGCUCUGCCCGCUGUUGAUGCGAAACCUUGGUUGGCAGAGUGUCUUCUACGUGUUCGGGGCACUCGGAUUUGUCUGGUAUUUUUUGUGGGAACGCUUUACCAGUGGAUCAUCACCGAAGGAAAGUAAGAUCAUCGAUCCACAGGAGUUAGAGUAUCUUCGGAAACAGCUCGGACGUCGCCGAAACAAAGAGACGGUUCCAACAACUGUACCCGCUCGGGCUCGCGUUCCUUGGAAGUUAUUGUUGAGUCAUCCGGCUACCUGGGCAAUUAUGAUCGGCCACUUUUGCUGUACCUGGGGAUAUUUUUUGCUUUUGGCGUGGCUUCCUACCUACUUUAAUCAGGCACUUGGUUUUGACCUGAAUGCAUCAGCGUUCUUCAGUAUUCUGCCAUGGCUGACGAUGUUUGUCGGAGCCAACGUAAGCGGGUGGAUUGCUGACUAUCUGCUGAGCACGAGGAAAUUCACAACAACCGCCGUGCGCAAAAUGAUGCAGACGAUCGGUUUCUUGGGACCAGCCUCGUUCCUAGCGCUCGUGUCAUCGACUCAGGAUCCGUACAGCGCUGUCAUCUACAUGGCUGCUGCGCUUGGACUGGCAUCGUUCUCGCAGUCGGGAAUCUACAGUAACCAUGGCGAUAUUGGGCCGCAGUAUGCGGGGAUCCUGCUCGGCAUGAGCAAUACGCUGGCCACUGUACCUGGGAUCGUAGGUGUGGCGCUCACCGGAUGGAUCCUCGACGUGACGGCUGGAACCUGGUCCAUUGUAUUUUACACGGCAAUUUUCUUCUAUCUGCUUGGCACAGUGGUGUACAACGCGUUUGGGACUGGCGAGCGUGUAUUUUAG